GAGAAAUGUAAAGAGGUUUUCCAGAUAAUCGCGUGUGAUGGAGGGUACAAGACCAGAUUCACCUGAACCCAGCUGUGUCUCCAUGAAGAGCGACCAGUCAAUGGGACAUCCAUUUCGCUUUAAAGAUGGAGGAUGUUCUACUGAUCUGAGUGUGAUGGAGGGUAUGAGACCGGAUUCACCUGAACCCAGCUGUGUCUCCAUGAAGAGUGAUCAGUCAAUGGGUCAUACACGUCAAUUUAAAGAUGGAGGAUGUUCCACUGAUGCUAGACCAAAAAAGAAGAAAUUAAAUACUUACAGAGAUCAGCUGGAAUCCAUUUUCAAGAAACUGGAGCUCAAAGUCAUCAACAUGUUAAAGAAUGAGCUAAACAAGUUCAAAAAGCUCCUGAAUGAAGAUUACCCAGCAUGCUCUGAGCACGAGGUGAAGGAUGUGGAAGAUCUGAGUAGUUUCAGAGAGGGGAUGCUAAAGAUCACACUGAAUGUUCUGAAGCUCAUGAACCAGACAGACCUUGCUAACACCCUGCAGAGGAAAGUAUUAGUCUCUGUGUAUCAGAAAAAACUCAAAUCCAACCUGAGAGAGAAAUGUAAAAGAAUCAGUGAAGGAAUCUCCCAGCAUGGAAGCUCAGCACUUCUGAAUGAGGUCUUCACAGAGCUCUACAUCACAGAGGGUUGGAGUGGAGAUGUCAAUAAUGAACAUGAGGUCAGACAGAUUGAAGCAGCAUCCAGGACACCAGCAGCACAGGAGAUUCCCAUCAAAUGUAACGACCUCUUUAAAGACACUUCCAUCAGAACUGUGCUGACUAAAGGAAUUGCUGGGAUUGGAAAAACAGUCUCAGUGCAGAAGUUCAUUCUGGACUGGGCUGAAGGAAAAGCAAAUCAGGACGUCGUCUUCAUAUUUCCACUUCCUUUUAGAGAGCUGAACUUGAGGAAGCAGGAAAAUCUCAGUCUGAUGGAACUUCUUCAUCAAUUUUUCCCAGAAAUCAAAGGUCUGCCAUCAUUAGACUGUGAUGCUUAUAAAGUUUUGUUCAUCUUUGAUGGUCUGGAUGAGUGUCGACUUCCUCUAGAUUUUCAAAAUAAUGAGCGAUUGUGUAACGUAACAAAGUCAGUAAAAAUGGAUGUGCUGCUGACCAACCUCAUCAAGGGGAACCUGCUUCCCUCUGCUCACCUCUGGAUCACCACUCGACCAGGAGCAGCCAAUCAGAUCCCUCCUGAGUGUGUAGACCAGGUACCAGAGGUACGAGGGUUCAGUGACCCUCAGAAAGAGGAGUACUUCAAGAAGAGGAUCAGUGAUGAGAACCUGGCUAGUAAAAUCAUCAAACACAUAAAGUCAUCAAGAAGCCUCUACAUCAUGUGUCACAUUCCAGUAUUCUGCUGGAUCUCAGCCUCUGUUCUAGAAAGAGUUCUGGAUGGAGCCGAGGGGAAAGAGAUCCCCAAAACUCUGACUCAAAUGUUCUCUUACUUUCUGAUCUUUCAGAUAAAACACAAGGAACAAAAGUACCAUGGGAAAUCUGACCCUGAUCCACACCAGACCAGAGAGAUGAUACUGUCACUGGGAAAACUGGCCUUCCAACAGCUGGAGAAAGGAAACCUGAUCUUCUAUAAAGAAGACCUGACAGAAUGUGGCAUUGAUGUCAAAAACACAUCAGUGUACUCAGGAGUCUGCACCCAAAUCUUCAAAAAAGAGGCUGGACUGCACCUGGGUCACGUCUUCAGCUUUGUGCACCUGAGUGUUCAGGAGUUUCUGGCUGCUUUAUAUGUAUUUCUCACCUUCAUCAACAAAAACAGAAAUGUGCUGGUGAUGCAAAACACUGGAUUCUUUAACAUCUUUAGAAACUAUACAAACAUGUCUGACUUUCUGAAGAGUGCAGUGGACAAGGCCUUACAGAGUGAGAAUGGACACCUGGAUCUUUUCCUCCGCUUCCUCCUGGGUCUUUCACUGGAGUCCAAUCAGACUCUCUUACGAGGCCUACUGCCACAAACAGGAAGUAGCUCUUACAACAAAAAGGAAACAGUCAGGUACAUCAAGGAGAAGAUCAGUGAGAAUCCCUCUCCAGAGAAAUCCAUCAAUCUGUUCCACUGUCUGAAUGAACUGAACGAUGAUUCUCUAGUGCAGGAAGUCCAAAAAUACCUGAACAGAAGAGGUUCUGUUUAUCACUAUGGACACCGUCUGUCUUCUGCUCAGUGGUCGGCUCUGGUGUUUGUGUUGCUGAACUCAGAUCAGGAGCUGGAUGAGUUUAAUUUGAGUAAAUAUUACCCAUCACAUGAAGGUCUUCUGAAGAUGCUGCCAGUGGUGAAAGUAUCGAGAAAAGCUGAGUUGUGGAAUUGUGAUCUAACAGAGAAAAGUUGUGAAGUUCUGUCCUCAGUUCUCAGUUUAAACUCCUCCAGUCUGAAACAUCUGAACCUGAGUUACAAUAAACUGAAGGAUUCAGGAGUGAAGCUGCUCUCUGCUGGACUGGAGAGUCAACACUGUAAACUGGAGAUACUGGGGUUGGCUGGUUGUAAUCUAACAGAGAAAAGUUGUGAAGUUCUGUCCUCAGUUCUCAGUUUAAACUCCUCCAGUCUGAAACAUCUGAACCUGAGUUACAAUAAACUGAAGGAUUCAGGAGUGAAGCUGCUCUCUGCUGGACUGGAGAAUCCACACUGUAAACUGGAGAUAUUGGAGUUAAAUAGCUGCAGUAUUACAGAUGAAGGUUUUACUGCUUUGGCUUCAGCUCUGAAAUCAAAUCUAUCAUCACGUCUGAGAGAACUGCAACUGAACCACAAUCAUCCAGGAGAAUCAGGAGUAAAACUGCUCAAGGAUCUAGAGGAGGAUCCACAAUGUAACCUAGAGGAACUGAGGUUGUGGGAUUGUAAUCUAACAGAGAAAAGUUGUGAAGUGCUGUCUUCAGUUCUCAGUUUAAACUCCUCCAAUCUGAAACAUCUGGACCUGAGAUACAAUGACCUGAAGGAUUCAGGAGUGAAGCUGCUCUCUGCUGGACUGGAGAGUCCACACUGUAAACUGGAGAUACUGGAGUUGUGGAAGUGUAAUCUAACAGAGAAAAGUUGUGAAGUUCUGUCCUCAGUUUUCAGUUUAAACUCCUCCAGUCUGAAACAUCUGAAUCUGAAUAACAAUGAACUGAAGGAUUCAGGAGUGAAGCUGCUCUCUGCUGGACUGGAGAAUCCACACUGUAAACUGGAGAUACUGUGGCUGUGUCUGUGCAAUUUAACAGAGAAAAGUUGUGAAGUUAUGUCCUCAGUUCUCAGUUCAAACUCCUCCAGUCUGAAACAUCUGAACCUAAAUACCAAUAAACUGAAGGAUUCAGGAGUGAAGCUGCUCUCUGCUGGACUGAAGAAUCCACACUGUAAACUGGAGAUACUGGAGUUGAGGAGCUGCAGUAUUACAGAUGAAGGUUUUACUGCUCUGGCUUCAGCUCUGAAAUCAAAUCCAUCAUCACGUCUGAGAGAACUGUAUCUGAACGGCAAUAAUCCAGGAGAAUCAGGAGUAAAACUGCUCGAGGAUCUACAGGUGGAUCCACAAUGUAACCUAGAAAAACUAAGCAUCUGAUUCUAAUACAUAUUGAAUUAUGAGAUAAAG